ACACGACGAUUAUCCCACGUGACGCCUCCCAACAACGGUAGAUAACUCUGUUUCUCAUGUUUGGACGAGUCUUGCAUAUUUUUUAUCAAUUUGUGUUGUUGUGAGGACAAUCAGUAUAUAUACAGAUGUAGCAAGUGACAUGGCUGCCGCAAGUUCACCAAAACCGUCCACCUGUAACAAACUAUUUGUGGCUGCCAUCGAUUUCGGCACCACCUAUUCAGGUUAUGCUUUCUCCUCAAAAUCGGAAUGGACGAAGGUGCAAACGAAUGUGUGGCCUUCUUCAAACCAGAUGUCCUCGAAAACUCCCACUGCCCUUCUGCUAAAUGAAGACGAGACCUUCAACUCUUUCGGCUAUGACGCGGAGAAGAAUUUUGCAGAGAUAGCUGAGGAGGGGGACGAUAGCUAUAAAGACUUUUAUUAUUUUCAUAGAUUUAAGAUGCUUUUGCACAACUGCAAGAACUUGCACCGGAACAUCUGCAUUGACGAUAUGACAAGAAAACGAAUGGAAGCUCACAAAGUUUUCACCCAUUCCAUCAAGUUCUUGGUUGACACUCUAUUUGACAAAUUGAAGGGGGCUGUUCCAGACAUCUUGCUGGAUGACAUCCACUUUGUCCUGACUGUACCGGCCAUAUGGGAUGACCCAUCCAAACAGUUCAUGAGGGAGGCAGCUAUCGCUGCUGGAAUUAAAGCCAACCAGUUGUCUAUAGCCCUUGAACCAGAGGCUGCCUCCAUCUACUGCCAACACAUACCCACAGAGGUCGAUGUGUCCGGUAACACCUCCUUCCUCCGGACCGCCAAACAGGGCACCAAGUACAUGAUAGUGGACCUGGGAGGUGGGACUGCAGACAUUACUGUACAUCUGAGGUCCGGCGAGGGGACACUGGACGAAGUGAGGCCAGCCAGCGGGGGCCCCUGGGGAGGAAAAUCUGUGGAUGACAGGUUUGAAAAGUUCUUAGGAGAGGUCAUAGGAAAUGACCUUGUGGAGGAUUUAAAACAAAAUUUCAUGGAAGAUUAUCUAGAUUUAUUCCGUGAGUUUGAGAGCAAGAAAAGGAACAUAGCAACUGUUAAGACUGGGAAAGUUCACAUGAAAAUACCUUUAACUGUGCAAUCUUUGGUGAAGAAAAAUUUGAAAAAGUCAGUGCCAGAUGUUUUGAAAGAAUCAAGUUAUGCAGAAUCUGUUCAUUUUGCAAAUAUGAAACUGCACAUGUCUGUUGACAUUUUUAAAGAUUUAUUCAAACCUACUAUUGAAGGAAUUGUGAAACAUUUAAAAGAGGUAUUUAUGGAGAAAAAUGUACAGGGAGUGGAGACUAUUUUAAUGGUAGGUGGUUUUUCAGAAUGUGAACUGGUCCAAAAAGCAAUAAAAGAUAAUUUUAAAGAUAAAAAAGUGAUAAUUCCUGAAGAUCCAGGACUUGCUGUGUUAAAAGGGGCAGUGUAUUAUGGUCAUGUUCCAAAGACAAUUGGACGCCGUGUCGCCAGAUACACUUAUGGCAUUCAGAGCUGGCCUGAAUUCGACCCAAACAAACACCCUGAAGCUAAAAAGGUGCAGAUUGGCACAAAAUUUAGAUGUCGAGAUGUGUUUUUCAAGUAUGUGACCAAAGGUGAACUGUUGACCCCUGGCUAUCGAAGGUCGCAGAUCUUCCAGGCGUUAAAACCCGACGAGGAGUGUUUGGAGUGUGCUAUUUAUGUUUCAGAUGAAGAAGAUCCAGUGUAUGUGGAUGAUGAAUCCUGUAGGAGACUUGGAACUCUCCGAGUUCCCUUACCUAGAGUAUCCACGGGAUGUUCCCUGGAAAUUGAAGAGACCAUGAUUUUCGGAGACACGGAACUGGAAGUGCAAGCUCGUGAUAUAUACACCAAUCAGCAGUGUGAAGUUUCCUUUGAUCUACUGAGUAACAAUGUGGUUCAAAAUGGAAACUGAUUAUUUUAUUGUAAAUGCAUUAGUAUGAAGCAGCUAAAGCUUGCACCUUUUUAAUAUUCCAUGCUUUUAAUAGGAUAAUAUAUGACAAUACCAACUUCAAUCAUCUUACAAUCUUGAUUGUAAGAUUGGCUUUUGGCUAAAAAAUAAUAUGAAGUUCAUGAAUGUGAAUGAAUUGAGAUUGUGAUUGAUUAAAUUUUGUUUGUGUUUCUCGUUACAUUGUAUAAUAUCCUGUAUACAUACAUUAUGUAUUUUAUAGAAGUGUAAAGGAAAUGUGUAUUUCAGUCUAAGAGCUAUUUCAACAAGUCAGUUGGUCUUCAGUUAGUUUAACUAUCUGUUAACAAAGGAAGUUAAAAUUGAUGCUGGCAUCAAGUGAAAUAAGUACUGAUUAAGUAGGCACAGCAAGCAGGAGGAAGUGUUGCUGACUUUAUGACUGAAAAUAAAAUAGACAGGCCUAUAUUAAAUAUACAGUUUGACACAACUACUCAAAGUUCAUUUGCAAAUGUCUUAAUAUAUUUUUUCAUCAUAUCUUGAACAUAACGAUUCAAAUUUCUUUACUCUAAGCAGAAUUCAUUUUGUUACUUUCCUAAUUGCUAUCUAGCUGUUUCUGGCAUGUGACUUUGUUUUUUGAAGUGGAGGAGUCAGACAAAAAGUGGAGGAGUUAGACAAAAAGUGGAGGAGCCCAUUGGCUUGAAUGUGUACCAGCCCAUAGUGAAUAUAAGAACAUGUACAUUGUUUUAUAUAGUGGAGGGGCCACUGACCCCUGACCCUCCCCCUCCCCUGUUGCUAUGUGACUGUGUUUAAUUUAUAGCAAUUUUGGAUGGCUAUGUUUAUGCUUCAAGCACACAGUCAGUUUAGAGAUCAUUGUCUUAAUAAUUUUCUUCUACUUCAAAGUAGUCAAACUACUGGUGGUUGUAUGGUUUUUGUAGUCAUAGUCAUUUUUCCAAGGUUAUUUUAGUUAAUUCAGUUUCUUGUUUGCUAUCAUUUAAUUAUUGUGGGAUUAUGCUUUAACCUUUACAUUUACUUUGAAAAUGUGAAAUUUCAAGUUUAUUAGAUGUAUUUCACCUUUUAAGUUUAAUUAUUGCAAUCAUGUUUAAGAGUGGUAAUGUUUUGCCCUGCAUGGAUUCAUUUCUGCCAUUUUCUGGUACAGUUCACUACAUUAAAAAACAGGACAAAGAGACUGAGUUAUAGUUCCAAAGCAACAUGUAACCAACUGUAGUUUACUAAAUGGUAUGUAUGCUAUGAUUACUUGC